AUGCGUAUUACCGACAUUCUUCGAGCUACUUUGGCUCUCACUCUUCUUGCAUCGGGAUCCGCUUCGUCCACCGUGGACGAGUCACAGUCAACAAGAUUGCUCCAGUCGCUUGAUGCAGUCCAGAAAGGCGGCCUUAACGAAAACCGAAAUCUACGAUCCGAUACCCCAAGGCAUGAUCUCGACUACUCUACAGAAGAAAGAGGCAAAACCUGGACACAGUUGAAGAACUUCUUAUCAAUGUCUGCUGACGAGGAGAGCAAGAUAAAAAAGCUGGCGACUACGUUUGCGGGUUACAAGGCCGACGAUUUGAUAGAGUACGACGUCUACAAGAUUGCAAGGAAACAAUUGAAGUACUCACGCGAGAGCAGUGAAGCUGAAGUCAGUGAAGCGGACGAGAUACACAGCAAUGGUGAUGAUGAGUUUGAUGCGGGAGAAGCAGAUGAAGAUGGUGAUUUUGCAUUGAGCGAGCACUCGGACAAUCAGGACGAGCAGGAAAACGAAGUGGAGAUUCCAGAUCCUGCGAACACCGAAGAACCCUCUGACAGUGGAGAAGAAGAGGCUGCCGUCGAAGUAUCCGACGAAGAGCCAAAAGCGAACGCUGAACUAGGCGACAACGAGCUCGAAGGCGUAGAAGACGACCAUCAAACGUGCACAGGCAGUGAGGACGAGACGUGGACCCCGCCACCAAUUAUCACUGGGAAGCGCCGUGAUCGUGAAGACGAGGAAUCUGCCCUAAGUGGGGAGGCCGAUCAGAAGCGAUGUCGCAGUGGUCUCGUCGCCGUGUCAGAAGAUGACGAAGAGACAGCACUGGAAGAAUUCUAUGGAUACAUAUAA